GAUAAAAAUGAGUGCAAGCAAAGUAUCUCACUGCAAGAAGACCUACCAAAAUCCAUUAUUAGAAGGAGUGAGAUGGUCAGAAAAAUAUUCCACUCGAUUAAGCACAGUUUGGGAUAUUCUACCGCAAUAUUUGAAAAAUCUACUAAUAUCAACAGCAGUGCUACUGUUUGCAACCACGCUUAAAGGUGAUUGGAUCGUUAUCUUGGUGCACCUACUGAAACAAUUGAAGGACGAAGAUUCCCUGAGUACAAACGACGAAUCAUUUAAAAAUAUUGUACCUGACAAUCAUUUCAACGAUUUAUCAUACUAUGUAGUAGCAGCUGUUGCCGGGUCAUACCUUAUCUACUUCUCAAUUGGCGGGUUCAUUCACUGGUACUUUUAUGUUUGUCGUCGGGAUAAAGCUCACGAGUGGAAAUGUCAACCGGAAAAGUUUCUAUCGCCGGAGUUGGAGCUUCAUGAGAUAAUGGUUGGAGCUUCCUCUUUACUUAUUGUCAGCAUCCUUUCCGGUGUUAUUGCUUGCUAUGCGAUGAAUAAUGGCAGCAUGCUUACCAUCUACUAUAACUGUAACGAAUAUGGAUGGUUCUGGUUCUGGUUCCAGUUUAUUGCUGUUUUCAUUUAUCAGGACUACACAACGUACUGGGUGCAUCGCAUAUUCCAUUGGCCAUGGCUUUACAAAAAUUUCCACAAACUUCACCACACUUACAAGCAACCGACGGCUUUCUCGGUUACAGCCAGCCAUCCGGUGGAAAUUAUUUUUACUCAACUUGUAAUGCUCAUUCCAAUUGUCACUGUUCCUACCCACUGGGCACCGUUCUACAUCGUUGUGGUCUAUGCUUACUGCCAUGGGAUUUUGGGGCACUCUGGUGUUAAUUUCAAGUCCUUCUGGUGGCAACCAUGGCAGCCGGACACCAUCUUCCAUGACAAUCAUCAUCAGUACUUUCACGUGAAUUUUGGAUUCAAUAUUUACUACUGGGAUAUUCUGCACGGAACGUAUCGUCAGAAGGACCGUGUCUAUUCGGAAAAUAUUUUCUACGGGCGAGGAAAAAAGCUGGGCGAUGUAUCGGAGGAUGUGUUGCAGACUGAUAUUAUUGAGAGGAAUUUGGAAAAUCCAGAAGCGUAUCGAAACAGCAUUCACCGUUAUAAGCUAAACCAAAAGGACUUGAGUGGACUGGUUGGGGACAAUAAAAUCAAAACAAAUUAGGUUGAGCGAAAUGCUCCGUGUAGUCAAA